CCCCAACUUAAACCCUCAAAACAACUUCCCAGUAACCUCAUCUUCUCUCUCCUCGAUUUCUCCCAAAUCUCAGCAUCUCAAAAACAGCAAUGGAGUACGCAGCGCCGCCGCCAUCAACACUAAGCUCAAAGGUCUCAACCCUAGCAAUUGGAAAAGCAGUUGAUGCUCUGCUAAAAUGGAAAUCCGCAAAUACCGAUUCCCAAAAAUCUCAACUUCUCCCUUCCGAUGAAUUCCUCUACUUAGUCUUAACCCUAAACAAAAUCCCCCCCAAAAAUCGCACUAACGCCCACAAAAUUGCUCUUCCAAACGCUAUUUACACCCCGGAAACCGCUGAGUUUUGCCUCUUUGUUCAUGACAGCGUUUCCAAAACCGCUAAACAAAAGGUCGAAGAAGGCGGGGUUCCAGUUUCUAAGGUGAUAAAGCUCUCGAAAUUGAAAAAGGAUUACAAAGCGUUUGAGCAGAAGAGGAAGCUUUGCGAUUCAUUUGACAUGUUUUUUGCUGAUAAGAGGAUUAUCCCAUUAUUGCCGAAUGCAAUUGGAAAGCAGUUCUAUCGAAAGAAGAAGAUUCCUGUGCCGAUUGAGUUGGGAAGGGGUAAUUGGAAGGAGCAGAUUGAGAGGGUUUGUAGUUCGGCGAUGUUGUAUUUGAGUACUGGGACUUGUAGUGUGAUUAAAGUGGCAAAGGGUUCGAUGGGGCGGGAUGAGAUUGUGGCUAAUGUGGCGGCUGCUGUGAGUGGGGUUGCCGAGGUUGUGCCUAAGAAGUGGGGCAAUGUGAGGGCGUUUCAUUUGAAAUUUUCUGAGUCCUUGGCGCUGCCGGUUUAUCAGAAAGUGCCUGAGUUAGGGUUGAAGAUUAGUGGGUUGAUUAGUAAUGGAGAAGAGAAGGCGGUCGUUUCAAAAAAGAAAGAGAAGAAGGAGAAAGAAAAGAAGGUGAGUAAGAAGAAGGGGAGGAUUCAUGAGGUGAGGUAUAUGGAUAGUGUUGAGUCUGGUGGGAUGGUUGGGGGAGAUGAAUCUGGGAGCGAAGUCGAUGAUGUGGAGGAGGAGGAGGAGAGGAAGAAGAAGAAGGUGAUGGAUGUUGAAGUGGGUGGUGAUGAAAUUGUUGGUAAGAAGAGGAAGAAGGGUGAGAAGGAGGUGGCAAAGGUGAAGAAAGGAGUGAAGGGUUUGAAAGAAAAGAAAGAUAAGGGUUCGGCAAAAUCGACUGAAAAGAAAAGCAAGAAACACAAAGUUUAGUGGAUGAACUCCUGAAGAUUUUUGCAAAUUAGGGUUUCAAAGUAAGGAUGAUCCGGGACUAUGGAUUUCGUUUCAUUACCUCUCCUCCUCCAGCUCACAACUCGCGCUCAUCAGCCAACAACAAGAUGUUUGUGACUCAAAAGAUGGUGCCGAGCUGCUUGACUUGGUUCGCAAGUAUCGGAGAGGACAGCGAUAAGGGCUGCAUCUAAGGAGGUUUCUCAUGAAGUGAAAACUCUGAUGGAUACGGAGGCUAUAGAUUCAUUCAAGCAAACACAACACCUGCUAUUAGGAAGGUUGCAAGAUAGCAAUGCAGUGCUUUCACAUUUUGAUCAAUGAAUACUCAGACAAUUGCUAAGCAAAUGUCAUGACUCAGUUUUCAAAAAAUACACGUCUUUUGAAAUCAAUGAAGAGUGACCUUGACUACAUAUUUCUCAAGUUGAGAAACAUCAAGUCCAAGAUUUUCGCCACUUAUCCUGAUGCGUUUCCAAAUGAAUCCUUGGAAGUUGUUGACACCGGACCAGACCUUGAGGUACCUGUGUGUGAUAUGAGUUCGCAAGAUCAUGCAAGUCCGACAGAAUCCCAUCAACCACCAUCUGUAUAAUAAUACAUCUUUCUGAACAUCAGUUCGAGUACCCUUUUAAAAGCAAGGAGUAUGAAGUUACUAUUCACAGAAUAGUGCAAAUACCGUAUUGUCCUCAGUUUUCUUCACAAUUUUUUUUUGGCAUUAUUCUUAUAGACAGUGUAAAAUUGAUUUUGCCCUUUGCAUAUCUUUGCCCUCUUUGCUUCACGUCUUUGCUUUUCUGAGUUCUUCCUUUCUUUUUCAUUUUCAUUUUCAAGAAGCCCUUGAUCUCUCUCUCCCUCCGGUCUCCUCCGCCCCCUUCGUCGUUCUAUUCCCUUCCAUCAAAUCUGUAACUUUCAUCAAAUCUCUGAGCUUCUUCCAGAAAUACAUCUUUGCCCUCACUUUUAAUUGCGCCAUCCAGUCUUCCUCAGCUCGUUCUCCUCCUAUCUAGACGUUUUCUCUCUCCUCACUUCUAGGUUUAUUCGUGCUUUCCUUUCCCCCUUCCUGCAGCUCUGCCUUCAUGUCCCGUGUAGUCUUCAAUUCACCUUUCUCGGGUUCGAAUGAGUUUGCAGCAAUGGAGAUAUACAACUCCCAGUUUAUUCCUCCUUUAACUCAACGGGGUUGUAAUAUGUGGCAUAUUUUCUUGCAGUCACCCGUGCUGUUGGCAUGAUCAAGAUCGGGAUUCAUAGUCAGCUUUUCUUAGGUAAUUUGCAACCAUCAAGGGACUUGGGAUUUGUGGAAGACUAUGUAGAAGCAAUGUGGUUGAUGCUUCAACAGGAAAAGCCUGAUGACUAUGUGGUUGCCACCGAGAAGUCCCAUAGCGUUGAGGAGUUUCUGGAAGCUGCAUUUGGGUACGUAGGAUUGAACUGGUGGGAUCAUGUGUGAUCGACAAGAGGUACUUUAGGCCAAAAUGAGGUCGCCAAUCUGAAGGUUUUGCCAGCAAAGCAAUGAAAGUUCUAGGCUGGAAGCCUAAUAAGGUCGGGUUCAAGCAACUGGUAAAAAUGAUGGUUGAUGAAGAUGUAGAAAUGGCUAAGAGGGAAAAGGUGCUUGUCGGUGCCAGUUACAUGGAUUCUCAGCAACAACCAUGACUAAGUAAAUGGAUUGCUGGGAUUCUAUAAAGGUGGAUGACUAUUUUCCGGUAGAAGGCUUAUGGGAUGUGUUUAGACAGCUUCGGAUGUUUAAAACACCAGACGUUGAAAAACCUGAGUAUUAGAGCUGCAGACUAUGAGGCUGAUGAUAUCUUUGGUUUUCAUUCAAAUACUCACAUUCCAAUUGUUAUUGAGAUGCGAUACGAAAUAACUGGGUAUGAGCUGUACAAGGUUGCAUAGUUAUCUUUUGCCCCUGCUAUCUCUUUGCUAAGAGUGCAGAGUUACUGGGUUCUGAAACCCUGGUAGGAUCUUGUAUGGCUCAUCGCCUCAUUGUAUGCUCUGGGCCAUCGCCAACAGUGUUAGUUGCUUAUAUUGUGUACUUUUGGGGUUGUCUGGCUGCCUUCUUUCGUGUUAUGCUUGCAACUAUCGAGGAAUUCUUCGGACCAAACACAAUCUUCCGGAUGUUCCUUAGUUUUGUGAAGCGGCUUAGAAUCAUGAGGACUCUGAGGCUAAUGGACUUGCUCCGAGAUCAGAAGAGAGAAAUGCAAAGCAAAGAAGCAGGUCUACAAAGUCUAUUUCUCCGUCGUGUUUUAUUUACAGAGAAAAAACAAAGCUAAAGCUACACGUGAUUGUGAAGGAACGCAACUCAUGUGACUCUGGUUGCAAUGGUGGGUUGAUGAAUAAUGGAUUUGAGUACGUACUGAAGUCUGGUGGUAUCAACACGAGGAAGAUUAUCCCUAUACCGGUACUGAUCGUGGUACCUGCAAAUUUGACAAAAGCAAGGUGCUGCAACAGUGGCUAACUUUAGUGUGGUCCCUCUUGAUGAAGACCAAAUAUCUGCGAAUUUGGUGAAGAAUGGUCCUCUAGCAGUGGGUAUUCAUGCCAGACAUACAUUCGUGGAGUUUCUUGUCCAUUGAUUUGCUUGAGGAGUUUGGACUAUGGAGUGCUGUUAGUUGGCUACGGGUUUGCUGGUUAUGCUCCUAUGAGGUUCAAGGAGAAGCCAUACUGGAUCAUUAAGAUUUCCUGGGGACCUAACUGGGAGAUGACGGCUAUUACAAAAUCUGUCGAGGCCACAAUGUUUGUGGCGUAGACUCCAUGGUCUCGACUGUAGCUGCUGUGAACGUUCAGGCUACCCAGUAAAAUUAAAAAGAUUAUGUUGGCAUUGUCCACUGAUUCUUGGAUGAUACCCAUUAUAAUUAUUGUCAAUAUUUAAGUUGCUGCUAAAUUUUUUUA